AUGCCACCGCGCCGAAGACCACCCCCUCCGCCGCCGCCCGCCGCCCCUACAAAGAAACCCAGCGCCUCCAAGGCUGCAAAAGCACUCGGGCUAGAUGUCGAUGAAGAAGCCGAGAUCCAGGAGGCGUGGGAAAUGUUUAUGGAUGCUGAUGGAUCCGAGGAGGUGGGCGAACCGGUGGUGAUUACUGCGGAUGUCCGAAGGGUCAUGAUGGCGCUAGGGUUUGAUUCCUCGAAAGAGGAAAUGAAAGAGAUCAUAGAGAUUCUAGAUCCAGAUAAAGAGGGCUUUGUCACGUAUGGCAUGUUUUUAGAGGUUGCGGCGUUGAAGAUGAAGAACCGAGACCAGAAUGUCGAAGUUCAGCGCGCAUUUGACUUGUUCAAAGGCGGAACCGGAGACGAUAGCCCGAUCACAAUUGCAGACCUACGGAGGGUCGCAGACGAGCUGAAAGAAAAUGUAACAGAUCAGCAGCUAAGAGAUAUGCUAGAUGAGGCAUGUAGUAAAGAAGUAGGCAGGGGUGUUAAUCUGAAAGAUUUCGAGGCCGUUAUGAAAAGAGCAGGGGUUCUGUAG